CUCAUAUUUUCUUCAUCCACCAAACACCCAAUUAAAUCACAACAAAAAAAAAAACUCAAAAAUACAAUAUCAUGAAUCGUACGUUUUACUUCUUUCUUGCCUUAACCGCAGUUUUGGCCACAAACACAUAUGGCCAGGUUCUUGACAUCGACGGUGACACCAUCUUCCGCGGCAGUUACUAUGUUCUCCCCGUCAUCCGUGGCCAAGGCGGAGGCCUGACUCUACGAGGCCGCGGUGGUGAGAUAUGUCCUCUCGACAUCGUGCAAAAAUCAUCCGAGGUCGAUGAGGGUAUUCCCGUAAAAUUCUCAAACUGGAGGAUCAAAGUUGCGUUCGUUCCCGAAUCACAGAACCUUAACAUCGAGACGGACAUUGCAGCCACGAUCUGCAUCCAGUCAACGUACUGGCAAGUCGGUGAGUUCGACGAGGAGAGGAAGAAGUAUUUCGUGGUAGCUGGUCCACAAGACUCAUUGAAGAGUUUCUUCCAGAUCGAGAAGUCUGGAGAUGAUGCUUACAAGUUUGUGUUCUGUCCUCCCGCUCUUGAGACUGGCCGUCCUAGAUGCAGGAAUGUCGGUAUAUUUGUGGAUGAAAAAGGAGUCAGGCGUUUGGCCUUAACCUCGAAGCCGUUCUUGGUUAUGUUCAAGAAAGCUAAAGUUACUGAAACUUCGUCCAGGACUAUGUGAGACUUGCGUGGGAGAACAAGACUCGAUGUUUACUUUGACUUGUAAUAAAACCUCUCUAUGUUGUUUUCCUUUGAAGAUUACAUAUUGAAUAAAAUAUCUCUUAUCUG